GUAUCGUUGUAUUGGUAACUAUAAACAAUAAUAAGACUCGUCUGUUGCUCGCUGGGGAUUCACAUGAAUUUGUCUUAAAUUUAGCAAUGUAGGCGACUUAAAUGACAGGCACAGAGAUGAUUUAGUUAGAUAAGUUUUGCAGAAACAAAUUUUUAUAUUCAUUGUUGAUUGUUGGUAUGGGGUGUGCAACCAGCCUUCAGCAGAAAAAUCAAAUAAAUACACAGAGCAAUAUUAUUAUAAAAAAUAAAAAUAUGGCAGAUGAAAAACAACAAUAUGAUGCAGAUUUUAUCAUAAAGGAGAGAAACGAAGUAAAUGAGAACGAAAAUGGGGAGAAUGCUGUUCAGACUGAAGAGGAAAAUUCUGGAGAGAAACAAGAUUUUAACAAUGUGAAGUUGUAUGAGCUCACGAUACGGACUCAAGAUGUACAGGUGAAACCAGAAUUCCAAGAAGCACUAGAUGGAUGCAAAGAUGAACUAACUGAAGCAAUGAAUUUUCUAAAAAGCACAGAAGACUAUAAAAAUGAACAAGUUUUAAGCAGUAUGGAAAUACUCAAAAAAAGUUAUGUCAAUACUAAAUUGACUACAUAUCGUCCAUUGCUCGGGGAACACUUAUGCAACAUUGGAUUUCCCACCUUAUUUAUUAAAUUCUGGAUUGAGUUAAAUAAAUUAGAUUUAUUUGAUCCAGAAAAUAAACAAGAAGUGAAGGUUUUUAAAGCUAUGAAAACUCUUACUUGGAAUUAUUCUGAUGCUUCAAUAGAAAUAUGCGCCGAGCUUGGAAAGGUCGGUGUGGUCCCAUUACUUCUCUCAAGCCUCAAGCAAAAAGAAUUGCUGCCAGAAACCCUAACAAACCCUAAUAUUAUACAUGUGAAGGGAAGUCUAGGGAUAUUAAACAAUAUGGUGCGACUUUAUCCUGACAAUAUUCAACUCUUGCGGGACAAUAAUGCCGUAAAGCUUCUACUGGACUACACAGCGGUUAAAUUCCUGAUCUUAAAAGCCAAUUGCUUUAUGAUCCUCUCGUUUCUCAUUACCGACGAAGAGGUAAGCUUACUGGAGAAUACCGGUGUUGCCGUUCGAUUCAUCAUUGAUCUGCUCACCACAUCCUUGACUGGAGGAAAGGGACGAGGGUACAGCACUUCAGAAAUACUUCUCUCUUUGAAUAAUCUAGCUCUUAAUGAUGAGAACAAAUUGAAAAUUGUGGAAUACAAUGGUCUUGCUCAGUUGGAUAGAGCACUUAAAAAGCGCACAAAAUCAAUCCUUGUUCUUUCUGCAAUGCUUAUUUGGAAAUUAGCUUUCAUGGAGCAAAAUCGUGAGAGAAUAAGAGAAGAAGAAAGCCUAAUAAAUGGUUUAAAGCUUAACAAGAGUUCCGGCAUUUCCAAAAUACAAGCAGCAUGCUCAGGUGCAUUGUGGGAAAUAUUUGAGGGACAGCCUAAUGUAAAUGAAAAUAUACUUGUCAUCCAACCAACGUUCAAGAAAGGCCCCCAUGUGAUGAUCAGCUACCAAUGGGAUGUACAACCAAGAAUUAUUAAGUUGAAAGAAAAACUCCAGAAAGAAGGUUACAAUGUCUGGAUGGAUAUAGACCAGAUGGAGGGCGACAUAUUGGGUGCAAUGGCUGCUGCUGUUGAGAAUGCUUCUGUCAUUCUGUCAUGCAUUUCUAAGAAGUACAAGGACAGUACAAGCUGUAGAACAGAAGCAACAUAUGCUUACAAACAGAAUAAGCCAAUUAUCCCCUUGAUGGUGGAAGAAAAUUAUGUGCCUGAUGGUUGGCUCGGAGCUCUUAUUGGCACUUUGAUUUACUUUCCUUUGUUUGACGACUCCAAGUUGGACAAAGAGUUCCAGCGUAUUGUAAGUGAGAUUGGUGAUCGAGGAAAACAGCAGAAAGGACAGAAAAAAAUACAACAUAAAGAAAUCCUGGCUGUCGCUGCUCCAAUUGAAGGUUCUAGAAAUAACAGAGGCAUUGAUUCAACAGACAAACCUGCAGCUCCGCCUCCAAAGGCCACACCCCCAAGGAUAAAAGCUGAUAUCUCCAACUGGACAUCAAGUGAUGUUGAGAAGUGGUUGAAAGAGAUCAAACUAGAGGAAUGUAGGUCUGCCAUGAAGGAUGUAGAUGGUGACAUCUUGAUGCAGAUGUAUAGGAUGUCAAAAGAAGCACCAGAUUUCUUCUACUCGAGAUUAGAGAGAGACUUUGAAAUGAACCAUUUGAUGCAGAUAUUGAAGUUCUCAAGUGCUUUAGAGAAAAUUUUGUGUUGAGUGUAAAUUUGAGUACUUUAGUACUAAAUCCAGAUGUACAAGAUGUCAAAAGAAUCACCAGAUUGUUUCUACUCAAUUAAGAGAGAAUUUAUUAUGAACCAUUUGAAACAGAUACUUAAAUUCUCAAGUUCUGUGUUGAGUGUAGAUUUAAGUAGUGCUUUUGAAUUAUUAUUUAUAUAACAUAAAUAUAUGAAAUAUAUUUUUCCAUUGUAAAUAAUCCUGUUAUUUAAAGAUUUUGUAGUGAAAAGUCUAAAAUUCAACAAAAAUAUAAUACUUCGCAUAGAACAGUGAGAAUCCUACAGUAUAUAGUUAUCAAGUCCGUCAGAAGCGGUUUCGGCAGGUCCGGACCAAUAAUUUGUAUCGUUUGUAAGCCAAAUUGUACUUCUCUUUUUUUUACAAAAUUAAAUGACUCGACUUCAAGUAACAAAUCAGUCAGUCUCGGCCAUUCUCCUUGAUGUUACUGUUCAUGAGUUGCUUGUCGAAAUUUACGUCUUUAUUUUUACCAUUUUAAUGUACCGUGUUACCACAGGUAAAAGUCGCGGUUUCCGAAAAUAUACUUUAUCUCAUUGUAUAUAAUAUAUAUCUGGCAACUCUUGUAUAUAAACAUUCUUUUUAUUAUUGUAUAGAAUAAAUAUUGUAGGUCUAGUUGUGUAUUUAUUCAACAAAGCAUCUCCUUAUUAUUGUUAUUAUUUAAUUAUAGGUACUGGAUAUACUAGCGUAUAAGGCGACCCGGGUAUAAGACGAAACCUGAGAAGAUUUUUGUAUGCCGGCGUAUAAGACGACCCACUGUUUGAUCAUCAGAAUUCCUACUUUUUUCUAUUUUAUGGUCUUCAAACUUAAUCUAGCUGGCUAAAAAAGGAGCAAAUGCAAGGCUAAUCUUACAAAUAAUACCUUUUUGAGCUUUUAAAUGUUCAUCAAAAUCUUAUUUCCCCCAUAUUUAAAAUUGCGUUCAUUCACACUAACAUUUAGUUGCUUCAUUGCAGUAGUAAAUUCGUGUUAUGCACGAUCUGCACAUAAUACGAACAUAAUUUUUAACAAAAAAUAUUUCCUAUAAAAAAAAGCUGCAACUUCUGUAGCUUAUUAAAUUUGUGUAUACAGCUACUUCCAAA